CUCUUUAGGCUAUUCACAUACUUUAUCUUUCCGUGGGGAAAAAAUGAUUUCGUUACAGUCUUGGGUCCUCAUCUGCGUAGUCGGUAUUGCAGUCAUGGAAAUCAAAGUUUCGUAUGCAUCUAUGCCUUCAACCCUGCCGAACCAAACCGUCACUAUUGGAAGUACAGUUGAAUUCAAGGCUACGGAUAACGACGGCGGAAGGCGUUUUAUGUGCAUAUUUGGCAUUUCGUAUCCCGGUCGAUUUCUUCCAAAGCCAAGGCUUUUAACGGUACAAAACCUUGGCGCUAAACCAGUUUUUCUGCCUGGCACCGAGAAUGAUAACAGGGUUUCGUUCAUUGGAGAUAUGAAUGUUGGCAAAGUUUGGUUCAGGAUAACUGAUGUUAAAGAAGAAGAUAGUAACACAUACAAAUUACGCUGUUCAAACUCCGAGGGUAGGGAUCAUGUAACAAUGGGACUGAAGGUCUUGUCUGAUGAGAAGGAGUGGGAACCGCUGGGUUGCUACGAGGAUAGCAGUGAUCGCGCCUUGUCGGUUUAUCACGGACAAAUCAAAUUCGAUGAUUCACCAGGAGGUUUCAAAAGAAUGUUUGAAGAGUGCAAAAAAAUAGCAGAGGAGAAAGGGUUUGAAUACUUUGGAAUACAGCACAAGACAGAAUGCUGGGGGUCACCUAAUGGACAAGAAAUAACCUACAACCUUCACGGUUGUAAAAACAACUGCUUGCGUCACGAUGAUGGAUUUGGAGUUGGAUCUAAUUGGUCUAAUUUUGUCUAUCGCCUGAAAAAAGAUUGGAGCGAUUGCAAAGAUGGAUUCCAAUACAAACUCGUGUSCAAGCAAGAUACAUGCUACGAAUGCCCUCCCUACAACGUUAAGAUAGAAAAGUCUGAAACUAAAAGAGAAUGCUAAAUGUCCAGGAAAAACGCUCCAGAGUUGCAGACAAAAAGGAAUUCCUUAAAGAAUUGGCUUUGAAUACAUAAAAAACAAUAGCACAAUUAUUAACGCUAAGACUGUCAUAAGGAACAAUAUUGGAAACUAUUAAAACUGGUAGAAUUGAUUGUUACUUAAGAUGAAUAAAUUGAA